CCCUCCCACCCGCCCUGCUUCUCCUCUCCGCAGGUCCAACAUGCCAGCAAACAGAUCACGGCCGAUAAGCAGUACAAGGGCAUCAUGGAUUGCAUAGUCCGCAUCCCCAAGGAGCAAGGCGUCCUCUCCUUCUGGAGGGGCAACCUGGCCAACGUCAUCCGGUACUUCCCCACCCAGGCCCUCAACUUCGCCUUCAAGGACAAGUACAAGCAGAUCUUCCUUGGGGGAGUGGACAGGCACAAGCAGUUCUGGCGCUACUUCGCGGGAAACCUGGCGUCCGGGGGCGCCGCCGGUGCCACCUCCCUCUGCUUCGUCUACCCCCUGGAUUUCGCCAGGACCCGGCUGGCGGCUGAUGUGGGCAAAGGAGCUACUGAGAGAGAGUUCACUGGGCUGGGCGACUGCAUAGUCAAGAUCUUCAAGUCUGAUGGCUUGAAGGGCCUGUACCAAGGAUUCAGUGUGUCUGUUCAGGGCAUCAUCAUCUACAGAGCAGCAUAUUUUGGGGUUUAUGACACAGCCAAGGGUAUGUUGCCUGAUCCAAAGAAUGUGCACAUCGUAGUGAGCUGGAUGAUUGCCCAGAGUGUCACUGCUGUAGCAGGGCUGGUUUCUUACCCUUUUGAUACUGUGCGACGUAGGAUGAUGAUGCAGUCUGGCCGAAAGGGAGCUGAUAUCAUGUACAAGGGCACAAUUGAUUGCUGGAAGAAGAUAGCUAAAGAUGAAGGAGGCAAAGCAUUCUUCAAAGGUGCCUGGUCGAAUGUGUUGAGAGGCAUGGGCGGAGCUUUUGUAUUAGUACUUUAUGAUGAAAUCAAGAAAUACGUCUAAAACUUAACAUCAUAAUGUAGUUCAAUUGUUCUCAAUCAACUUUUUUAAAAAUUGUGAUGUAAUGGACAACAAAAUAUUUCCUAGGGAAACAGAAUAAAAUGAGUAAAUACCUGGUUGAGAUAAGGAUACGUUAGUUUAAAAAUUGUCCACUACAUCACUUAUAUUUGUAUGAAAAUUCCUCCAACAUUUGUAUUGGAACCUAUGUAUAUAUUAUACUUUAAAUUUCAGAUAAUAUAUUUUGUGUAGAGACAAGACUUGGGUGAUCUAUACCUAGUUUAAAAUCUAAGAUUGUGAACUCUUAGUGGAAUGAGAUCUUCAGAAAUAAUGUACUAAGUGAUGUCUCUAGCUACC